AUGUCACCUUCUACCAAGCUGUUCUUCGUGCUGGCCCUGGGCCUAGCUCUCUCAGCCACGGCGGCCAUGGCCGACGGCAAGAUGAGGAACGAUGGAGGACCGUGCAAGGGCGGCUACUGGCCCGACGGCAAGGGCUGCUGUCCGGAGCUCAUCAACGGGAAGGCCUACUACCGCGACGGCAACAAGUGCUACCCCAAGGACGUCGGCUGCGGCGUUUACUACGCUGACGGCAAUGGGUUCUACCCGGACGAGAAGGGCAACUACCUGAAGGCCGGCGAGUCUGCCACGAGCGCUGCAUCCGCCCCGCGACCACAAGACCACCACGACCACGGAGGAAUGCCCCAAGGAGACCACCACGACCGAGAGGCGCACCACCACCCCAAGCGCACCACCACGACGACCGAGGAGUGCCCCAAGGAAACCACCACCACCAAGAGGGAGACCACCACGACCAAGAGGCACACCACCACUACGGAGGAGAGACCACCACGACCAAGAAGCGCCACCACCACGACGACCGAGGAGUGCCCCAAGGAGACCACCACUACCAAGAAGCACACCACCACCACCACGACCGAGGAGUGCCGCAAGACCACGACCGACAAGCCGUGCGAGGACGACAAGAAGAAGUGCCCCGGCGGCCAGUGGAAGGACGGCCACGGGUGCUGCCCGCGCAAGGUGGGCCGCGAGUGGCGCUACCGCGACGCCCAGGGCUGCUACCCGAUCGAGCUCGACUGCGGCGUGUUCUACGCCGACGCGCAGGGCUGUUAUCCGGACGAGCACGGCAAGUACCUCAAGGCCGGCGAGUGCUGCCCCGACCACCGCAAGUGCUGUCCCGAGUGCGAUGGCGGCUACUAA